AAGAAACCUGUAUCCGGAGACCUGUUGCAACUUAUCUGUAGCACAAGAAAUCGUGCCUGAAAUUAUGACCGCGCCGCCCAGUCGAGGUUCCUCCCCGGAGGUCGGGCAUCGGGGUUGCACAACCACCGAGACGGCCGCUACGGGUGUUGAGCCAAAUCCAGCCUCCGCGGCCUCGCCCUCGCCCACCCUGAGACCACCGCACCUGCAAGCCGGAGUCGAAGAUCCGAACCUUCUCAAACAGGAGCGGCGAGACAGCGUUCCGGCGGUUCCCACCGAGUUGGCCCGCGUGCGCUCCCUGGUCGCGCGGUUCUCCCACACCCCGGACGCGGAAAAAUUGGUGUUCGUGAUGGUCGGCCUGCCCGCGCGCGGGAAAAGCUUCAUCGCGUUGCGGCUGCAGCGGUUUCUGAACUGGCUGAACAUCGAAACAAAGGUGUUCAACGUGGGGAAUUUCCGCCGGGAAACGGAAACCGGGGUGCAGGACAGCAGCUAUUUCGAUUCUGCCAACACGUCGCGGAAAAACCGACGCGAGGAGCUGGCCAUGCUAGUCCUAGACCACGUCGCGGACUGGCUUUCAUCUGCUACGACCUCGCAGGAUCAUGUUAGGAGGAGAACCAGGUCAAAGCCCAGAAGUUCCACCUGUGUACUUACACCAACAGGAGCACCAGGAGGCAGCACGACUCCAAACACAGGCUCAUCAUCUCCACAACGCGCAACUACUUCGGGUGCAGUUCAACAGCCCCAUGAAAUCCCUGAGGAGCUGCAAUAUCAGAGGUUAAAAUGUGCGAUUUUCGACGCGACCAAUACGACCCGCGACCGGCGGAAACGCGUCGCGCAAAAGCUGUACGACCGCUUGGGCGCCCACGUGGGGGUUGUGUUUCUGGAGUCGACGUGCAACGAGCCGGAGGUCUUGAACGCGAAUCUGAACAUCAAACUGGAGAAAAGCCCGGACUACGCGGGCUUGGACCGGGGGAAGGCGCGCGAAGAUCUGGUGCAACGGAUCCUCCACUACGAACAAGUGUACGAGCCGCUUGAAGAGGAGGUCAUUUGUGUGGAGAACAGAAAUCGGAAAGGAAGAGAUACAACUACCACAGGUACUAGAACAAGGAACAGCGGAUCAUAG